AUGAAUCAUUUCAAAGGACUCAUAGUAUUGAUAUGGUCGUUUUGCACCGCUGUCAUGGCUUUAUCUCCAAUAGCCUCUGAUACAUUGGUAGUGUACGAUUCUUCUGUUCUGGAAUUUGGCGAAUUUAGCAGUCUCGUGGAUCAUCUCAAUGGCGAAUUCUCCAGAGUAGAUAUCGUGGAUCUGAACGACAAAGCCAGUGAAGUUCAAUUAUUCUAUAACCAAAAGAGAAUCUACCAAAAUCUGUUUGUUUUUCCCAUAUCAGGUCAAUCGAACCAAGGAGAUUUGAAUGCCCUAAAACUGAUCGAAUUUGUCAACGAAGGAGGUGACAUUAUCAGUAUCACAAACCAAGUUGGAUCCAAUUCUGAAAUUGUUGCCUUCAACACUGAACUGGGUAUAUAUCCAUCUCCUAAGAAUUACAAGCUAAUUGAUCAUUUCAAUGGCGUUAAUGAACAACAUGACGAGAUUAGGCUUUCUUUGGAGGAGUCAGUAGUUCCAAACUCCAUUGUAGCAUUCAACAAAGCAAUUGUUUACUCAGGGGCUGCUAGUUUACUCUCUAACAAUGAGUAUUUGAUUCCUCUCUUAAAGGCACCAAAAACCUCUUUUGCAUACGACAUCAAUGAGGGAGUUGUUAACGAGCAGUCUACUUGGACUUCAGGAGACCAAGGUUUCCUAGCUGUUGCUUUCCAGGGUCUGAAUAACGCUAGAAGUUUAUGGUUGGGUAGCACUUUGUUUUUUGAUAAUGAGCACUUUGACCAGAGUGCCAAAGAUCUUGUUGAUUGGACUUUCCAAAGUAGGAAUUUGUUGAAGUCAACCUUUGCUAAACACUAUUUGACGGAUGCUCCAGAAUCUACCGAAGAGUACAAGGUGAAAGACGAGGUGUCAUAUGAGAUUGGAUUGAGUGAAUGGAAUGGAAAAGAAUGGGUGCCAUUCAAGGCUAAUGACGUGCAAUUAGAGCUGAUCAUGUUGGAUCCUUACUACAGAAUCACUUUAGAGCAAGUAAAAACAGAGGAUGAGUCCGUUCAAGUAUACACUAGUGGGCCAUUCAAAUUGCCCGAUCAGCAUGGUAUGUUCACAUUUUCCACCAAGUAUUUCAGACCUGGAUACACCUUUAUUGAAGAAGAAGACAUUGUACCUGUCAGACACCUUGCCAAUGACGAGUACCCCAGAAGUUGGGAAAUCACAAAUUCUUGGGUUUACGUUGCCAGUGCAGGUGCUGUUGUAAUUGCCUGGAUAAUUUUCGUUAUCUUCUUCCUCUAUUCAACUGAAGAUGCAACUGAGAUCAAGAAGAACAUCUAG